UCUUGAUCAUCUGUUUUUUCGGAGUUUUUUGCAGGUCUUCUCAUCUGAAGAGGGGACGUCCACUUCAAACACAAAAUCAGAUCAGGUAAAGAACAUCUCAAGUCUAAAAGAGAAUCCUACUUGGUUGGAGGAAGAAGUCAUUCAUCUGGCAGGUACCCCAUUUAUGAUCAAUUACCUCACGACAAUCCAUUCAAUUGUUUGAGACAUUUUUCCAGAUUGUAUCUUUUAAUAAAUAUACAGAAGCACAAUAGCAUCAUGUUUGAUCCAUUUUUAUCCAAAUAUUGAUCCAGGCUGACUCUUGGGUAAAACCUCUCGUUCACUGUAAUGUUUCAUCUUAGACAAUGCAAGCUUAUCAACAUGUUUAAAAUGACAGUUUUAUUUUUGAAAAUGAGUAUUGACUGUGACAUUAUACUUUUCCCUGACAGCCCAGUUUUAAAAAGGAGCUCUGAUAUGACCAAGUUCCCUGUGACAAAAUCUGAACAGCUCCUCCGAAUAGACGACCAUGACUUCACUAUGAGGCCUGGUUUUGGAGGACCAGCCAUUCCUGUAGGUGUAGAUGUCCAAGUUGAGAGUCUGGACAAAAUUUCUGAAGUUGAUAUGGACUUCACCAUGACCUUGUACCUGAGGCACUACUGGAAAGAUGAGCGCCUAUCAUUUCCCAGCAAUAAAAACCAGAGCAUGACCUUUGAUAGUCGUCUGGUGAAGAAGAUCUGGGUUCCUGAUAUGUUCUUUGUACACUCUAAGAGGUCAUUCACCCAUGACACUACCACUGAUAAUGUAAUGCUAAGAGUGUACCCUGAUGGAAAAGUUCUCUACAGCCUGAGGGUCACAGUUACAGCUAUGUGCAGUAUGGACCUAAGCCGAUUUCCUCUGGACACACAGACGUGCUCGCUUGAAAUAGAGAGUUAUGCAUAUACUGAUGAUGACUUAAUGCUCUACUGGAAGAAAGGGAAUGAAUCACUUCAAACAGAUGAGAGAAUCUCAGUGUCACAGUUCCUCAUACAGAAAUUCCACACUUCUACAAAGCUAGCCUUCUACAGCAGCACAGGCUGGUACAAUCGGCUGUACAUCACCUUCACUCUGAGACGCCACAUCUUCUUCUUCCUGCUCCAGACUUACUUUCCUGCCACUCUCAUGGUCAUGCUGUCUUGGGUGUCCUUUUGGAUUGAUAGGCGGGCUGUACCAGCAAGGGUCCCAUUAGGCAUCACCACAGUGCUCACUAUGUCCACUAUCAUCACUGGAGUGAAUGCAUCAAUGCCUCGGGUCUCCUACAUCAAAGCUGUGGACAUUUACCUGUGGGUCAGCUUUGUGUUUGUAUUUCUGUCAGUGAUAGAGUACGCAGCUGUUAACUACCUGUCAACAGUGCAAGAACGGAAAGAGAGAAAACUACGAGAAAGGCUUCCAUGCACAUGUGGCCUCACUCACCCUGACCAGAUGAUGAUGAGCAGCAGCUAUAGCGACAUGGAUGUCAACACAACAGGAAACUAUGGAAUGCAGGAGGACAUAAACACCACAGGAAACUACAGUAUACCAGAGGAGAACGGGGUGCAGAGGGAGAGGAUCCUGGUGCAGCUGGCACUGAGUGGAGACCAGGACACUCACCCUGGAAACCCAAGAGCAUACAACAGCAUGUGGAUUGACACACACGCUAUAGACAAAUAUUCACGAGUCAUCUUUCCUGGGGCUUACAUGCUCUUCAACAUUAUUUAUUGGGCCAUCUAUUUAUAACGUCCCUUGAAAAUAAUGUUCACUGGAAUGGGCACUUGUUGGCAUACCAAGGAAUUUCUCUUAAUGCUUCAACACCGGGUGAGUACAGAGAGUGUAUGUGGCUUCAAUGUCAGGCACUCCACAAUAAACAGCACCAAUAAGCAAGCCUAAACAAUGCCACUAACCCCAAAACCAGGUUCUGAGAUGCAUGAUUGAUGUCAAUUUAAUAAUUGUGAUAUUGGCCACUAAGAAGUUUUUAACAUUUUUAGUUCAGGAUUUUUUAUUUUUCCAAUCUAUUGUAUUCUGCAACAAAGGGAAGGGAAGAUAAUUUUGACCUAUAAUCACAGUUACUGUAAACCUCUGUUUGCAUCUGAUGGUUUUGUAUUUGUUGUGAAUUCUUAAUUAGAAUGGUAAAUAGUACAGCUAAUUUAUUAUAAGUAAU